CAACCCCAUCCAAGCAAAAUGGCCUCGAAAUUGACGCCUUUCCUCUUCAGAGGCACUCCUCGAGCACUGCGUCAGCUUCAGAGGGCUCAAUGGCGCCCAUUCAGCGCCUUCACGGCCUCACGGAGCGAUUCCCUCAUGGUCCAUCGCGAUACACCCGUCAAUAACCCGUCAAUUCCAUUCAAGUUCACGCCGCAGAACGAGGAGCUGAUCAAAGAGAUCCUCAGUCGUUACCCAUCACAAUACAAAAAAGCGGCGGUGAUGCCACUGCUCGACCUCGGACAGCGACAGCAUGGCUUCACAAGCAUUAGCGUUAUGAAUGAGGUUGCUAAGAUACUAGAAAUGCCACCGAUGCGAGUCUACGAAGUUGCGACGUUCUAUACCAUGUACAACCGGAACCCCGUUGGCAAGUUCCAUGUCCAGGUCUGCACCACAACACCCUGCAUGCUCCGCGACAGCGACGCUGUUUGGAAAGCCUGCAAAGACUACCUCGGCAUCCAGAACGGCGAAACCACGAAGGAUGGCAUCUUCACCCUCCUGGAAGUCGAGUGCCUCGGUGCUUGCGCAAACGCUCCCAUGGUUCAGAUCAAUGACGAUUACUACGAGGACUUAACCUACGAUACCACCGUGUCACUUCUUAAGGCGCUUCGGCACGCUGCCCAAGCGACUGGUGCGCAACCCGGAGAAGCAGGCAAGGGCGCUGUGACAGGCGACGACGGGAACGUCAAGAGCGGAAAUGAUAUCAAUGAGCAGGGGCAGGCCUAUGAGGCAGGUGGUGUCAAGGUGCCCACUCCAGGUCCACUGAGUGGAAGGAAGAGCUGUGAGCCGGCUGCGGGAUUGACCACGUUGACGGGCGAGCCGUGGGGCAACGAGAUGCUGAGAAAGGAUGGGGCUCUCUAAAGAUGUAUAUAUGCGAAUUUGUAGACAACACCCAAUACCAAUUUUAGCAAAAUGAUGUCAA